AUUCUACUUUGUAUCUAUAUGAUACUCGAACUCACUUACUGUUGAGUAUUUUUUAGUAACAGAUAAAAUUCUGUGCUAGUAACUUGUAAGAGAUACUAGAUUGCAUUACAAUAUUUGAAUAUUGUUUUGUCAAAUGUUGCAACAAAUCAGUGAGUUUUUAAUAAAAAAUAAAGUUUCUGUUUUGGGGAGAAUAUUGUUGCUGAGGAAUUUUUUCCAAUUCCAAAUAUCCUGUGCCUAUGGGAAAUUUUCUGAUUUCAUUAAUCCUGUGUCUAUGAGAGAAUAUUGUUAAUUCACAAAAAAAUACUAUAAAAAGUAAUGUCUUAAAUUUUUUAGUUAUAUACUUAAAUUAUUAUACUUCAUAUAUGAUUAAAUAUAAUAAUAGAGUAGCUUUUCAAACUGGGGUAUUUUAGUUUAUUUGAUUGAUAAUGGAUAAAUACAGAGUUGCUAGAUAUAUAUGCCUAUGUUUGCUAAAACCUCUUUAAUAUACUUCUAGUUUGCUGAUGAGAAGUAUAUCCAUUGAUACUAGUCUAAUGAGGGUCCGCAGUUUGGCAAUUCCAUAAAGAACAUAGACACUACAAUUUGAUAAACACAAAAUAUUAAUUUUGUCUCAUAUUUUCUAGACUCUCUUUAAGAGGGUGAAAGAUACCAGUGUAUCCCAAAAGGGUUAAGGAAAUGCAUUUUGUUGCAUCUGCUUACUAAAUCCCUUCCUUUAGCAGAAAUUCAAAUUUUGUAAAGAUUAUUUGUUUUAUUGAUGCAUAUAAACUUACAGAAUUUAAUUUAAUUUCCUAAGUUAAAACAUUUUCCUCAUGUAGAAAGCAUGACUAAAUGCUGGUUUGGCAAACCUACCUUUUUCCCUAAUGUGUCACAUACAUGCUUAGUAUCUAUGUGAGUGAAUUAAUGCCUGGCCUGAGCAAACUUAGCUUCCAUUGCCUACACCAUGAGGCAGAACCAGACAGAAAGUGAAAUGGUUAAUUGCUUAAAAGGAAUAAACAACAUUUUCCUCCCUAGAAUAUAAAUUAAAGAGAAUAUGAAAACGGCAAAAGAAGAAUUGUGCUUUUAAAAAGCUGAUUUGUAAACGACCAUCAGUUGGAAAGACACCCUGCUUGUUUCUGUGGUAGAUUUGUUAUGAAUUAGAAUGAAAGUGUUUACCUAUUUUACAUUUUCCUCCUCCAAAUAUCAAACAGUUGUGGAGAAUUAGUCUUAAUAUUUCUAUUCUGAGGGGUGAAAAAGAGGUGAGGAUGAAAUAUGCCCUGAAGAAAAUCAAAUCAGGAAGAGAUUGAGGCUUACGAUGAGACUGCUCCAGAAAGAGGACACGAAUUUGAGCACACGACCUGCAGCACACAGAGCCCUUGGUGCUUUUGUGUGGGUGAAAGAUACCAGUGUCUCCCAAAAGGGUUAAGGAAAUGCAUUCUGUUGCAUCUGUUUACUAAAUCCCUUCCUUUAGCAGAAAUUCAAAUUUUGUAAAGAUUAUUCGUUUUAUUGAUGCAUAUAAUUAUAAUCACAAGCCAUCUGCUGAUUUGGCAGGCAUGGUUAAAAUUCUCUAACUCUCAUAACCUUUCAAGUACAGUGCCCUUGGGACUCUAUUUCACUUUUAUAUUUUGGAAAACAUGUAGGGACAAAUAAGGGCGGUCAUCUGCAGAAUGUCAGACCUGGGGAAAUGCAAGAGUGGGGAUGGAGAUGCUAUGGUGGCUCUUAUCAAUGGUAGGGGAAGUUAUUCGCACCCACCCUCCUUUUUUCUGACUUCAUGAUGCUAGUUUCUAUGAUGAAUUUUGGAAUUUUUUUCUCAGGGAUUAAAGCUCCCUGUCAUAACCCUCCCAAAAGGCAGGUUUCAAGCCUAACCCAAAAGAACAUGCCAACAAUCUUUCCAGACACUUCUUAUGUUGAUCUUAACAGAUUAAUUCAGUAUAUUUCACCUAGUCUUUCUAAACUGUGGAGUGUUUGUUUUUUAUUUUUCUCUAAAUAGUCAGUUAAAUAACCUUACAGAUUAAGAUUUUGUGUUGCAAGAUAGCUUACACAUUUUGAUGGCAGCCCUUUGGUUGAAAGACCAAAUUCCCAAGUAUUUUGACUAUGUUGUUUUGGUAUGAAAUUGUGCGCCGGUCAGAUUUCCCACAGCUCAAGUCUUAUGUGACCCCUUUCUGCAACUAUAAACAUUCAGAGCUUGGGGAGUGUCCAUGCCUGAAUCCCUUACUUCUAUGGGAAUAUUUCUCUCAUAAUCUGAUUUUAUCAGCCUUAAUACCCCAAUGAUCUGACUCUAUAUACAGACAGAUCUGAGCAGAAUGCUGGCCAGCUUUAGGGAACUUGGAGAAGCCACUGGAGUCCAGGAUUUGGCUUCAUCAGAUAGCAGAAGCAUGCACACACACACCCAGUAUGUUUCUCAGUCUCUCUCUCUCUCUCUCUCUCUCUCUCUCUCUCUCUCUCUCUCUCUCUCCUACAUGAAAUCAUUCAGAGAAUUCUUUAAUAAUAACGUUGCACAGGUCAAGUUUUUCAUGGUGGUAGUGAAGUGUUCAACUUGACUAUACGUAAUAAGAAUAACUGUCCCAUCUGCCAGAUGCUUGCUUUAAGCCAACUUCUGUUUUAAGUUCUUUAAUAGAUGGUUUUAUUUAUUAUUCAGAAUAAUCAUGUCUCUUAAUCUUUCCCCAUGUACCAUGGUCUCUGAAGCAGAGUAUCAGAACAAAGCCAGUGUCAGCAGAUGAUUCUGGGUCCCAGGUACAUAUGGGUUCAAUUAUAGUUAAGUAUCAUUAAGACAUUGAAUGACCUGACACACUUUUUUUCCUUAUCAUCAACAUCUGUCACUUUAAAGGUGACCUCUGAAGUUCCUUUGGUCUCACAAAUUCUGUAACUUUGAAAUUUUUGUAAUUAAAACAUGAAUUUGAAAAAUAAGUUAAAGACAACAUAAGUACUCGUAAUACCUUUCAGAUAGAUAUUUAUCAUGCUAAUUAACCCCGAUAGCAGAAAUAGUCUGUUUACGAACCACAUGGAGUCUAGGUCCAACCUAAACAGUAGAUUAAGACUUAAACAGUGGGUUUCACACUGAAAAAUUUCAGCUCUGUGAUGGAAAACACAAAUACUCAGAAGCAUCUGAUAAUUAAAUACAACUCUUACAUAUUGAUAGUAAUAAUAUCAUGCUGACAUAAGUCUAACUACCAAGCAAAGUAUUUUAUAUCAAUAAAUUUUCACAACUACCAUACGUGUCACCAGCCAAUAGCACAGAGUCAGUUCUUCUCACCUUGCUGGAGGUCGGAAGCUGCACUGAUGAUGGGCCAAGCACUGUCGUGAUUCCAUGCAUGGCUGGAAGGGCAGAACCCGGCUGAGGUCAGGAGUCAUGACCCUUUGAAGAGACAUACAAAUGAGUAUGUUCUCUGCUUCCAAGUGUUUUCUAUUGGCCUCACUUGAGAGAAAGUUCCACUGCUCUGAAUAAAUGCGUGAAACCCUAUAUAUACUACAAGCUACAGCACUCUUAGACACAUCAAAGGCUCUGCUUUUAUACUAAUCUCAAUGAGCUGGUAACUGUUAAAAUAAUCAUAUACUUUCCUUAAAUCAUUACUGAAUUAACCUGCAUGUGCUUUUUAAUCUUUUACGAAUGUCAUGAGAAAAUUAUAAGAAUAAAAAGUGGGGAGGGGAAAAAAGAAUAAAAAGGCAAUUAAUAAGGUUUAACCAAAUCCCUUAGACAAUAAACUAGCUUUAAAACUAUUUGAUCUUCUUAUUGACUAAAAGAGAAACUCAGAACACUACUAAGAAUGGCUGAAAUGCUUGUUAAGAAAUAAUUUCAGAAUGAAUCGUUCCAAUUUCAGUAUUGUAUAUCUUCUUAGAUCAAUGCCCAUCAAGUAACCCAGAGUUAAAAUAUAUGAUUUCAACUGGAUAAGAUUUUAAGCAAUUUGUUUGAGUAAUAAUGCCCAGAGAGAGAUGUGACAGUGUAAAUACCAAGGUAAAAGGUUGCUUGGAUUUUAUAUACAAUUGAUUAGCUAUGAAAUAUUUGUGUGUCUAGGUUUCUGAAGUGUAGAAAAGGAACAGAAGCCUGGGUACAUGGCUCUGAGCACACAUGAGUCAGCAUAGGACAAAGUAGUACAAACAGAUCAGUACUCACAUCAAAGUAGGUUUGUUAAAACAGGCUGUGGCCAGGUGCAGUUCUCAAACUCUCAGCCUUAAAAUGAAGGACUCAAUAAAAUAUGGGAGAAACAAAAUGAAGGAACCAAGAGUAGCCCGUUCUACCCAGCCUUCAAAAGAUGAAGUUGCAGCCCAAACAGAUGGCUCUGAGCAGAGGCUUCAUGGAAGAUCUUGCUUAGAGAGGGCUUCAUGGAAGAUCUUGUAGAGACAGCACUGCAGCAACGUUGAAUCUAUACGUUCAACAGACUCGUUGAGAAUCUGCCGUGUCCCACUAACUUGUUAAGCAGUGAGAACAAUAGGUGAGGAGUCACAGGACGUACACUAUAGUAGGACUAAUGUGGAAGGCACAACAAGUCCAGGAGUUAAGAACUAGAAAAUAUUACUAAGUGAGUACUACAGGUAGAGGUCAAUGUAUACUACGUACCUAGCAUCUAGAAACUGGAGAUUAGAUCCCAAGUAGAAAUGAUAGCCUUGGACAACCAUGUGAAUGAUGAAUCAAGACAGGAUAUGAAAAGUAUUCAGAUGGAUCAAUGUUGGCCUCUUUGAGGAUUACUGAGUUUCAGACAACUGGUGCUGAUGGUGAGUAGGUUAAGGUCAAAAGUGAGAUCCAGGAUGGGAAUGGACAUUUGAAUGGGAUCAUUAAGGAGAAUAUUGACAAUGAGAAAAGAGUCCAGACUGAAACUGGAGGACCAGCUAUGAAUAGAAAGAUGGAGAAAGUGGGCUUACCAAGGGAAGAACUUAAAGAAGACCACAGAAAAACUGGGAUAUUAGGAGGAAAAAUAUAGACAUGAUUUUGUCAGCUGGAUAAUAAUGUUGACUACUCAGAAAAUGACUGAAAACCCAGUUAGCUCUGUCAGAGAGAAGAUCACUGGUGGCAACAACCAAAGCAACAUCAAUGGAAGCCACAUGUUCAUGUUUAGGAAAAUUUGGGUAAGAAAACAAAGUUUUAUGAUAUUUCAGUAGUUUGACUCUAGGGAGGAGAGACAGCAAUAUAGACAGGAGAAAGGAGUAUAUGUGGAAAUUCAGCAGAAUGAUAAGAAUUUGAAAGACAGGAUACAUGGAGGGAGGAGGCAGGACACAAAUGCAAGGAAAUAUCUUGGAGAACCCACUCUUACACAGAAGAAAAAGGCCUCUUCCUCUACAUCCAGGCAGAAGGCGGCACAUAUUCAUGGAGAUUUGUAGUAAGUACAAGAAUGAGUAGCACCAUUCACCCUUAACCAAGGCAAAGCUGCCCGCACAAUUUGUCGAUCCAGUAUGAAAUGCAUGACCCACUAUGAUUCAGCUGUGAAUUCCUUUAGCAUGCCAGCUUUUAUUGCUUACUACAUUUAUAGAAUGAGAUUAAAAUUAAGACAUCUACCUCAUAAGAGAGACGAAGAGACCUAGAACUUUUCAAUGUCCUCUGGAAGGUAAGCUAUCAUAAUAGAUGGACGUAGUUAGGUGGGUUAAAGGAAAGUGGAUAAUGUUCCUUCAGCUGUUGCCAUCUGCAGGAAGGGGUAGGAAAAUAAUGAGACAGGCUUCUUUCCAGAAUUCAUCUAUGGAUGGAAGUGACCAGAGAGGACCUAGAUCCUAGCAGGCAGCAGACAUUUGACUCUUCUUCAAGACAUUUCACCUCAUACUUUUGUUUGGUACCAUAGGCAAAAGCUUUGCUAGUUUUCUCUUCAUGGUUAACAUCCCCUCCAAUCUGUCUCCUUGUGCCCUGCUUAUGUCGUGCCUACAAGCUGGCUUCCCUUAUCCAAACCUGUGUGUAAAUCAGUUUGACAACAUUUUGUCGUGUUUUUUUAAGAAUGCAAACUUUUAAAAUAGUGUGCAUGGCUUUAAACAGAUAAACAGAUGGGAUCUGAUUCAUAUAUUAUGCACUUUACUCCUUUAUAGUGACUUAGGUAGCCUUUAAUUUGUGCUAAGUUGCACAUCCGUCAUCAAUGAUCAUUUUAGAACAUUUUUAUUUUUCCUGAAAGUCUUCUGUCCUUCUUACUUAGCAUCCUUCCAAACCUCUGCUUCCAAUUCCACACAGGCAGGAGUCUACUCUGUACGUCUGUCGAAAUGUUUCUCCUGAACAUUUGUUGUAACUGAUCACACCAUUUGUGGGGUUCAUGACUGACGUAUUUCAUUCACCAAUUCUUACCAAUAUUUUCAAGGCUUGUAUUGAUUUCAACACAUAUCAGUAUUUACUUACUUUUAUUGGCAAAUAAAAUUAUGCCAGUGAUUAAAUAUACUACUUCCUUAUUUCAUUCAUUAAUUGAUAGUGUCUUGAAUUGUGUCUACAUGUUGGCUAUUGUGAAUUAUGCUUCUAAGAUCAGUCCAGUAUAAUUUGUCGAUAUGUAGUUUUAUUUUCAUGUAUGUAGCUCAUAGUUGUGUUGCAGAAUCGGAGAUUACUUUGCUUGCCUAGUUGAGGGAAUACUAGGUACACUUGGACUACUACAUUCUUACCAGCAAUGUAUGAACUUUUUCACAUCCUUACCAGCACUUCUUACUUUCUAUUUGAUUUUUUCCACGUGGGUAUAAAUUGACAUCUCUUUUUCGUUUUCAAGUUGUAUUUUCUCUGCGGCUAAUGAUGCUGAGUGUCAUUCUGUGUGCUAUUGUGUCACAUGUAUAUUAUUUUGGGGGAAAUGUUUGUACAAUUAUUUUCUCCACUUAAAAAUUUUAAAUGCAUUUUCAAACAUUUUUUGAUUAUAACUAUUACAUCUUAAUUGUACAUCAUAACAUUUCUAAGCACACACUCUUCCUUGAUUAUUCAUAUUUCUACUCUUUCUUACCCUCCUUUGACCAAUUUUAAUUGGACUAAUUUUGUUAUUGGGUUGUAAUCAUUUACAGUAUAUUAUAAAUACACGGACUGUAGAUGUUUAUACACUAACACAUGGAUCUCACUCUCUGUCAUCUCUUUCUGACUUUGUCUGUCUCUCUCACUCUGUGUGUGUUUGUGUGUGUGCAUGUGCAUGGCAACACAGAGAGAGUGUUUGACCAUGUAUGUGUACACCUGUGGGUCCAGGUGAAAACUUGGGUGCCAUUCCUCAGCUACCAUCAACCUUACUCUUGAAGCACGAUCUCUUACAGAUCUGGUGCUCAACAUGUAGGCUGUCUGCCUGCCUGUCUGUCUGUCUGUCUGUCUGUCUUUAAACAUGAAUUCUCAAGUUUGAUUUCAGGAUCAUGUGCUUGAAGAGCAAACAUUUUACUGACUGAGCCAUCUCCCCACCAUUGACACAUGUGGCUCUUUACUCUCUCAAAUCAACAAGGUUGAUUUCAUUCCUUGAUUUAAGCAGCUCCUCCUACCCUCUAACUAACAUUAUUUUUCUAUAGCAUGUAUUGCUUACUUUAAUCUGGGCUGUGCGUUCAUUUACUCUGGCUUUGGAUAUUACCCCUCAGUGGGAACAUUGUUCCAGUGCUCUUUAUUCCUGCAUCUCUAUUGUCCAUCUCAUGAUGCUUAAAGACUGUCAGAGUGGAGAGCAUGGAUCUUAGAGCAAGAGGCCAGGCUCAGGAGUUCUGAGAUACUGACUGACUAGUCAAAUUUGUAGGUUUUCUGUGCUGCAGUUUCACUUUGGUGGUUAAAAUAAUGACUAAUUUCUGAUUGAUAUUAUCGCGUAGGUAGAGUAAAUAUGAACAAUGCAUUUAUAUUAAGCUCUAAGACAAAAUAACAGCAAUCAGUAAAUAUUUUUAAAUGUGUCUUAAUGAAUUUCCUUGCUAUGUUCAUAUUCUUUUCUGUUUAGAUUGUUAGUUUAUAAAGCAAGAAGUUUCAUUCUGACAUUUCUGCACAGGCAUAGUAAUGUACUGUGAUCACUCCCAUUUAUGUCCUCUUUUACUUUUAUAUCCUUCCUCCUUUUCUUUUCUCUUUGGUGUCCCUAGUCUGUCUCCUGUUCUCUUGAAGAACAUCUCCAAAGAUGUAAGGCCUCCUAUCAACUCUGUUGUAACGUGGAGCACACACCUGUGGACUCUACUCAGGAACUACAGUGCAUGUCUACAGUGCACCAUGGUUUUAUGUCUGUAUAGCUCAUGUAGUACUCACCAGCCUAGAACAAGUGUAUGUUAUUACCCACACUAAACAUGAAAGAUUUAAGAGCAUUUCAGGGACCACAGAGUACAUGUGCCAGAUUCAGAUCUCAUGUCAGACUGCUGUUGUAGGCAAAAAAUAUCUUCAGUCUAACUCUGCUGCCCCAAGCCCAGGUUCAUAGUAUCCAGUCACUGUGAAGCAACCCCCAGCUCACUUUUCAAAUCUUCUACAGCAUACUGCUUUUGUGACUCCUACUUCAGUUCCAGUGUCCUAUUUACUAUUGCUUUUCUAUGUCCCACCUAAGCUAUAACUGUUCUCAUUGAACCAUAAAAGUUCACAUUCCAGGAGUAACCCUGUCCUGGGUCUGGGAUUUGAUAAAAGGCAUGUAGGUGAUAGGUUUCAACUGCUUCUUAGCCAGUAAAAUCCAGAAUGAAGAAUGGUAACACCAGGAAAGUUUUCUAUAAGAACUCUUACAAUAUAGUGAGUUGAUUCACCAUAAACUGAACAGUGUCAAUUCCCAAAGAAUCUGGUCCAGUGUCUGAGAUAUCGUUCAUGUAUAAGACUGGAAGCUACCAUUAUCUCACUUAGUGUCAAUGUUCUGAAGUAAAUCCAUUUGUAUGCUUGGGUAAAAACAGUUGUCUUUUCUACUAUCCUUUUAUUUCACACCUUGUUUCUCUAGAAGUACCCAGUUUAGUUUUCUGAAGCAUUAAAACAUGUAGUCCCUCUUCCAAUUUAAUAUGACAGUCCUUUAAUGCUACUGCUUUCUCCCCUAUGUGUCCAAGCUACUAGUUUUGUUCAAUGAACAGUAUAGUAGUGUUAUGCAUACUUUUUAUAUUUUUAUUCUCAUCUUUGUGCGUGAGAGAGUGAUGCACGUGUGCACAUGUGUGGAGGGGAACACUCAUCCAUGCUUGAACAUAUUAAGAGAGUGAUGCACGUGUGCACAUGUGUGGAGGGGAACACUCAUCCAUGCUUGAACAUAUUAAGAGAGUGAUGCACGUGUGCACAUGUGUGGAGGGGAACACUCAUCCAUGCAUGAACAUAUUAAGAGAGUGAUGCACGUGUGCACAUGUGUGGAGGGGAACACUCAUCCAUGCAUGAACAUAUUAAGAGAGUGAUGCACGUGUGCACAUGUGUGGAGGGGAACACUCAUCCAUGCAUGAACAUAUUAAGCCCAGAGCAUGAGAUUGGAUGUCUUCCUCUGUCACUUUCUGCUUUGUUUUUCAUUUUUGGUUUGUUUUGAGACAAUGCCUCUUACUGAACCUAUUUUGGUUAGUAUGACCAGCAAGCAAGCCUACAAGAUUUGCUUGUCUCUACUUCUACAAGUCUAGGAUGACAGGUACAUGUGACUGAACCCACCUUUCACAUAAGUGCAUGGGGAUCUAAACUCAAGUCCUCAUACAUUCAUGGCAAGCAUUGAAUCUAUCAAGUCAUUAACAAGGCCCUGCUUUUGCUUAUUUGUAAGUAGGUAUCUGUUUAUUAAUAAACUGUGCGUGAUAUUCUUUCCCACUUAGGUAUAGUGGCUUAUUAUCUAUCAUCCCGACGCUCAAGAGUUCAAGACAGAAAAAUGCUUAUGAGUUUGAAGCCAGUCUAGACUAUAGUGUGUUCCAGGACAACCUGGACUAACAGUGAGAUAUCUCAAAAACAAAAUAAACCAAAACUAAGAAGAUUCUCUUUCCUUUGUAAGUAUAGUAUCAAUAGACAAGAUAAUCAAGUUUAACUAUGAGUUUACUGAUUAUGUUAUCCAGUCUGAAUGGAUACCUUUAUGCUCACCACCUUUGCUGCAUGCUGUGGAAGUUUGUUUCAUUUGUAAAUACUUAGUUUGUUGAUUUAAUAUAUUAUUUUUUAAAAUACAUACUACAGAGGUGGUGACAUUAUCCUGGAGUCCCCUUAUCUUAUUAAUUUGAUAGAUUGGUCCUCACUCAAAUGACAUCACUCUGGCUGAACACUUGCUCCUGGAGAAGAGGUGGAGUUGCUCAUCCUUGCUCACCGGAGAUUCCAGUCUAGAAGGAGCAGGUGGGGCUGGGAUAGGGCAGGUGAGGUUUCUCACAGGGACACAGAGCUAGGAGUAGGAAGGGGAAAAAGAAGAGGUAAGUAGAUGAAAGGGAGCCUUUCUAGCUAGCUAGAGCUGUUAUUUUUAUGAGCAUUCUUGCCAACUUAGUAAAUGAAUCAGAUAGAUUAAUUCUUUAUGAGCAGGGAUCUGUAGUUUCGAGGCAUUUUACUUCUGUGUACUUGUUUGCAGAACUUUCAUGUGAUAGAAAACCAAGAAGAAUUAAAGACGUAGAGUCAGACACCUGAGUAUUGGUUAUGUUGGAGAUGGAAUAGAAGGGGAGACGGCCAAAGGUCCAAUAUCUUGGUUAUAAUAGAUGAAUAACUGAUAAAUAUUUGAAGUGGUAUAGAUAUGCUAAUUAGUUGACUCAGUAAUUAAACUUUAUACGUAUAAUGUGCAUAACUCUCAUUUAUCAAUACGUAAUAAAAUAAACAAUUCUUUUAGGAAAUAAUAAAGGUCACCUCCAUCAGUAUCUAUCAGCACUACCAAUGCUGAUUUGGCAAAAGUCUAUUGGUUGAUGAUGAGAUUGUAGACUGUAUAAAUGACAGAACCAGCACGAAAUGAGCUGGCCUGACCUAUGAGCCAUCCUAUGAAGCAGCAAACCUGGAGGUUCAGGUGACCACAUUCGUGUAAUGAGAUUCAUUGUAACUCUUAAAAUCUAUAUAAGGAGGGCUGCCAGUCAGUAUUGCUUUGCACUCUCAGUUAGAGCUAUGAAGAAACAAUACAUUAAUUAUAUUUUAAGGUCAGGAUUUCCAUAGGUUUAAAGAAUUUUAUUCUUGCACCUCCUUUUCAGAAAAAGAUAACAUAGCCAGCAAUCUGUCCAUUAUGUUUUCUCUCAAACUUUACAUUUGUAUUUUGGGACCUGGUUUUUUUCAAUCAAACCAGUCAGGGUGAUUUCUAAGUCAUGAAUAAGUGAAUCUAUACCUGUAUCUCACACAGCUUACUAGGCUGUCUCUGAUUUGCAUGACAGGUUUAUCUUCCUUAACACAGUGGUAGCAGAGCCUAGAAGCAUGCCCUUUGCAGGGGACUUGAGCUCUGACUGGUUUCUCUUCUACAGAAUAGGUGCCGAAAGAUGACUUUGAUUUAGAAGUCAAUGGCUUACCUAGGUAAUGCAAUUCCAUACCCAGAACAUUAGUUACACAGAUAUUAAGUGGAUUCCUUAUCCGUGAUGUUAUUGUUCUCAUAGUUAUAUGAAAUUGACAUUCUCUGUUCUUUCUGUGGGACAACAGUACCACAGAAAGUACCUUAAAGUACCUUUAAGAUCCUUAUCAUGUGUUUACUGAACCUGCACACAUAGAACCCUAUUCUCUGACCUUCUUGAAGUGCUGGUAUAUAAGUUCACAUCCAGGAAAAUCUUUCCUGCUAAAGCUUUUGCUGUGGCUUUAGUCAUGGUCUACUAUUUUGAGAGCCACUCUCCACUUCCUUAAUAAAACAUACCAGGAAGAUAUUUCACUCUAAUGUAUCUUAUUACUUCCCUCUUUCUAACAGUGUUGCAGAAUGCCAUAGUCAGGGCUCUGACAGUGUGCUGCCUACACAAAGCGAAAUCAAAUAUUUUUUUUAUUAAAAACAAGUUUUUUCAUCCUCCAAGAAGUCUCUAGUAUAAUGUGUCCUUCAAAGCAGCAGUAAUCAAUACAGAACACUUCUCAUGUGAGUGUGUAUCAGAAAUACACUGUUCCAGUUAGGAGGAUUUACUAGAAUUUGCUAAUACUGAAUGUCCCAAUUUGUAUCAUUGCUUGAGAUUUUAAUUUCUCUUUAUUUUAUAAUUUGUAAUUAAUUUAUUCACAUAUUUUAUUUGCCUUUUGAAAAUUUAAAUAUUGUGCAAAAUCUUCUAUUUGUAAUUUGUGUGCUUAUAUUUGGUAAUCACACCUGUAAUGAAGCACAAAAUUACUAUGUCUUUCUUGGUCUGAAUGGCUUCAUCUGAAGGUAAGAGCAAGUUCAGUAAUUUAUAAAGUGUUUUUCAGGAUGUGCUCCAGUGUUGGGACAGAACAUUCAGUAUUUAUCUAUUCCUUUCUAUCGUGAUGUUUUAGUGCUAGAGCAAACAAAUGGCUCUGAAAUAAAGAGGACAUGCUUGUCUGAUCCAUGUGGGCAUUUGUUAGCCUUUGAGUUUGGGGACUUUUUGGUAUGUUUAAUAAUGAGUAGUUAAAGCAGUGGUUCACAAAGUGCAGUCUCCAAUGAUGAACAUUAUCAACAUCCAAGAUGUUAGACAUGUAGACGCUCAGGUCUGGUCUCCCUCUGUAACUGGAAUCAGUCCUCUGGCCUGAAUUAAGCCUCUGCGUAAUUCUGAUGCAGGCUAAUGAUUAAGUACGGCUCCUGCCUGCUCCAGUUGUUUGGGAUCCACGUGAAGACCUAACUGAACAGCUGUCUGUGGGGAGGCCUAGGUCCAGUCUGUGUAUGCUCUUUGGUUGGUGGUUCAGUAUCUGAAAGCCCCACAGGUCCAGAUUAGUUGACUCUGUUUGUCUUCCUGUGGAGUUCCUGUAUAUGGGAUAUGUUCUUCUAGCUGGACUGCCUUAUCUACCCUCCAUGGGGGAGGAAGUGCCUGGCCUUCCAGAGACUUGAAGUGCCAGAGUGGGGAGAUAGCCAGGUGGCUCCCACUCACUCGGAAGAGAAGGGGAGGGAAGAAAGAGUGGUGGACAGUGAGUGGGAUAUAAAGUGAAUAAGUAAAAAAAAUUGUUUAUUAAAAAAAAAAGAACCACUGCUUCAUUACUUUGUUGUCAGUGUAGCCUGUGGACUAACAAGGAGCACUUGGCACUUUGUGAGUACUAUAUGAUGUCAAGCCAGACUUUAGGGUCAGACACGAGACCCUGCCUAUUAGUAAAAUCUGUCCAUGAUCUCUGUGUGUACAAAAGUCUAAGAGUUUAGGGAGGUAGAGACUGGGAGUUUCCAGCAGAAGAGGAUCUUUUAUUCAGAGGCAAUUGAGUAUGUUUAAAUAGAGCUCCAUGCUACUUUACUGUUUGGCUAGCCCCUCAGCUACCUCUGGAUUAAAAGGGCAAAAGAGAAUCAAAACUUUUUCACUAAACUGUUCAAAUUAUAUAAGGGCUCACUGUGUCAAUAUGAUAUGAUGGAAAGAGAACAGUUGUUUGAAUAAAAGACCUGUAAUAUAGGUAGUAAACCAUCUAUAGGCUGUAGGUAUAUGUAUAUCUAGACUUACAUAUGUAUAUGCGUGCGUACUGUGUGUGUUCUGUCUAGCGAUGAUAAAGUAUCCAGCAAUGUUCUUGACACAGACGUAAUUUUGAAGUCUCUUAAUUUUUUAAAUUUGCUUUGCAGUCUCAAAACUACACUGGGCAUCCUUCCCUCUUAAUCUCUCUUCUACCUUUGAAUUUAAUUUUCAGUAACAUAACUGUUGUAGAGAAAUUUCUUGAAAAGUGAAGGAAGCUGUACAAAUCAGGGGUUAUUUGUCUCACAUUGCAGUGGGAGUUUUGCAAUACUGGGGUACUAAAGAACAAGUGACACGCCUUUGAGGAAAGCGAUGAAGUUCACCUCCUUCCAAGGCUUUUACUCUUAUAUAUCAAUCAGGGAUGAACCCUGUUUCCAGGCAGAAAAGUCGCUGAUCAAAUAAAACCUUAUUUGUCAAAAAUAAUUUUAUCAUGGAAAUAUAUGAGCAGUAAGGGAUUUAAAAAAAACCCUUUUGAAAUCUUUACAACACCCCCAUAUGUAAAUAGGUCUGUCACUCCUGUGUUUGUCCACAGCCCCAGCUCCAGAUGAACCAGGGUAGUGUGUGGUGGCAGGAACAGCUGACUCAUUAGUAGAGAGCAGUGAAAGCCAUGACAUCUCUUCUGUUCAAAUUCAGUAGCUGCUAGAAAAGAUGGAUGCAGAGGUUGAAGAUAAAGCGUUGCAUACUCUCUCAAAAGGAACCGAAGUUCCAAUGGAUUCUCUGAUCCCAGAGCUCAGGGUUGCAUAUGAUUGCUCUAUGGCGAAGAAGAGGAGAGCUGAAGAGCAGGCAUUGGGAGUGCCAGUUAACAAGAGGAAAUCUCUGUUAAUGAAACCCCGGCACUACAGCCCAGACAUGGACUGCAAGGAAAACCCAGACAACAGGAAUGAGGAUGAUGGCCUAGAAACGAAUGACCACUCCACUGCAGAUGAAAUCGUGGUAAAACCCAUGGAUAAGACUCUUCAUUUACCUGCACAAGAAAGCUCACUCCCCAAGGAAGACCAAUACGCGUGUUAUCCAGAGCUCAUGGUCAAAUCUCUGAUGCAUUUAGGUAAAUUUGAAGAAAGUGAGUCUGUGCAGACCGUAGGUGAGAACUUAAAUGGCAACGGCAUCCAGUCUCUAAAAGCAGAGUGUGAUGAAGCAAAUGAAUGCUUUAUGGUUCAUUCUGAUGAUGGAAGAGACAAAGUCCACCAUUCCCAGCCACCUUUCUGCUCUUCCGGUGACAGUGAGAGUGACUCUGACAGUACAGAGAAUGGGUGGGGCAGUGGCUCCAACUCUUCAGAAGACACUGACACUCACAAAGGCCCCAAACGCAAGCUGACAUACAAUAGAAAGGACCUGCUGGAAGUCCCUGAGAUAAAAGCAGAAGAUGACAAGUUUAUCCCUUGCGAGAACAGGUGUGAUUCUGACACCAGUGGGAGAGACCCACAGAACUCUCACAUGGAACCCUUGGCUGUGAAAGUCCAGCCUUCCUUCCCAGAGGUUGAAGAGAGUGAGAGCCUGGCCACAGUAAUAGCGGAGUCUGCUGAGGUGGAGAAAGCGAAGGGGAGCCUGAGUUUGCUGGAACAGGCUAUUGCCCUACAGGCUGAACGGGGUUCCGUCUUCCAUCACACCUACAAAGAGCUGGACCGAUUUCUCCUGGACCACCUGGCAAGGCAACGGAGGCAACCCAAGGUUACUGAUGCCAGUGGAAGGCAAAUCUUUAAUAAUAAACAUUCACCAAGGCCUGAAAGGAGGGAGGCUAAGUGCCCCAUUCCUGGCUGUGACGGCACAGGGCACGUAACGGGGCUCUACCCCCACCACCGCAGCCUUUCUGGGUGCCCCCACAAAGUGCGAGUUCCUCUGGAAAUUCUUGCCAUGCAUGAGAACGUACUCAAGUGUCCCACCCCAGGAUGCACAGGAAGGGGACAUGUGAACAGCAAUCGCAACACUCACAGAAGUCUUUCUGGUUGUCCAAUUGCUGCAGCUGAAAAGUUGGCAAUGACCCAGGACAAAAGUCAACUUGAUUCUUCCCAGACUGGGCAGGGUCCUGAGCAGGCUCACAGGGUGAAUUUAGUGAAGCAAAUUGAAUUUAACUUCCGCUCACAAGCCAUCACCUCUCCAAGAGCCUCUGCAUCAAAAGAACAAGAGAAGUUUGGCAAAGUACCAUUUGAUUAUGCCAGUUUUGAUGCACAAGUAUUUGGUAAACGUCCGCUCCUACAAACAGGACAAGGACAAAAGGCACCACCAUUUCCUGAAUCAAAGCAUUUUUCAAAUCCAGUGAAAUUUUCUAAUGGGCUGCCUAGUGCUGGCGCCCACACACAGAGCACAGUCCGUGCCAGCUCUUAUGGCCAUGGUCAGUACAGUGAAGACACCCACAUAGCAGCAGCUGCUGCUAUCCUGAACCUUUCCACCCGCUGCAGGGAAGCCACAGACAUCCUCUCCAACAAACCGCAAAGCCUGCGUGCCAAGGGAGCUGAGAUAGAAGUGGAUGAAAACGGCACGUUGGACUUAAGCAUGAAAAAACAUCGAAUCCUCGACAAGUCUAUACCCCCGACUUCCUCACACACUACAAUUGCAACCCCAUCCUCAUCCCCAUUCAAAGCAAGCAGCCUUCUGGUCAAUGCUGCCUUCUAUCAGGCUCUCUGUGACCAAGAAGGCUGGAAUGUGCCUAUCAACUAUAGCAAAUCCCACGGGAAGACAGAGGAGGAGAAAGAGAAAGACCCUGUGAACUCCCUAGAAAAUUUAGAGGAAAAAAAGUUUGCUGGAGAGGCCUCUAUUCCAAGUCCAAAGCCCAAGCUCCACACACGAGAUCUCAAGAAAGAAUUAAUCACCUGCCCCACGCCAGGGUGUGAUGGAAGCGGCCAUGUCACAGGCAACUAUGCAUCUCACCGCAGUGUCUCUGGAUGUCCUCUAGCAGAUAAGACUCUGAAGUCCCUCAUGGCUGCCAACUCUCAAGAGCUUAAGUGUCCAACCCCGGGUUGUGAUGGUUCUGGUCACGUGACUGGAAACUAUGCCUCCCAUAGAAGCUUGUCUGGUUGCCCUCGUGCAAGGAAAGGUGGCAUCAAAAUGACCCCAACAAAGGAAGAAAAAGAAGACUCUGAGCUUAGAUGUCCUGUAAUAGGAUGUGACGGCCAAGGUCACAUAUCAGGUAAAUACACAUCACACCGCACAGCUUCUGGCUGUCCUCUGGCUGCCAAGAGACAGAAGGAGAAUCCCCUCAAUGGGACCCCUCUCUCAUGGAAACUGAACAAGCAAGAACUUCCCCACUGUCCUUUGCCAGGAUGCAAUGGUCUGGGUCAUGUAAACAACGUUUUUGUCACCCACAGGAGCUUAUCCGGAUGCCCUCUUAAUGCACAAGCUAUCAAAAAAGUCAAGGUCUCUGAGGAACUAAUGACCAUCAAGCUCAAAGCAACUGGGGGUAUUGAGGGUGAUGAAGAAAUUAGGCAUCUGGAUGAAGAAAUAAAGGAACUGAAUGAAUCCAACCUUAAAAUUGAAGCAGAUAUGAUGAAACUUCAGACCCAGAUAACAUCUAUGGAGAGCAACUUGAAGACCAUAGAGGAGGAGAACAAGCUUAUAGAGCAGAGCAACGAGAGUCUACUGAAGGAGCUGGCAGGGCUUAGCCAGGCUCUCAUCUCCAGUCUUGCUGACAUCCAGCUUCCACAGAUGGGUCCUAUCAAUGAGCAGAAUUUUGAAGCAUAUGUAAAUACUCUCACAGACAUGUACAGCAAUCUGGAACGGGACUAUUCCCCAGAAUGCAAAGCUCUACUGGAAAGCAUCAAGCAGGCAGUGAAAGGUAUCCAUGUGUAGGACAACAGUAUGCAGGAAACGGAGGUCACUACAGCCAUGAACUCCCACAGAUCCGCAGGAGACCAAUACCCCUGGAGCCUGGAGGCUGUCCCCUGCGUUUAUAAUUGCAACAUUGCACUAAUUUUUCCCCAGUUGACAUAAAAAAGAAAGAAAAACUAUGAUAAACUCUUUGGAUUAAAAGCAAUGCAGUCAAUUAUUAGAUCUCAUUUAUUUUCAUAUCUUUUUCUUUUCUUUCUUCAUUGCACUCUUUAUUUUGUAAAAUAUAUGUAAAAAUAAAUGUGACAUUUUAUAUUUUAUUUAUUACUAAUCAAAGAGUUUUUUUAUCUUUUAUCUGCAUUUUGAAGUCUACCAUAUUUUUACAGGUGUGUUUAUUAAUUUAUCUUCUAAUAGGAUUUAAAUAGAAAUGCUGUUCUCAAAUCAAAUAUCUUUCUGGGUUUAAACGAGAAAAACAAAACAAAAAAUGUGUAAGGGAAAUCCCAGUGUCAGGACUACACUAUGGUCAAGCUUGGUUUCUACUGUGCACUUCCAUUUCCCCUUUACUGGUUUUGUUUUUAUAAGUGAUUUUUGGUAAUGUGAGCUGUGAAGGAUUAUGAAGAUAAAUGGCGCCCACUAGUGGGAAAUCAGCAUUCAAAAGCACAGGAUGUUAGCUAACAGUGCACUCAGAACUUGAUAGCAAUAAUUAAAUAAAGUAGUCAGCAUAGUAUUCCACAUGGCUGCACCGAUUUAAUUAAUCUGAAUUAUUUAUUUGGACUGUUUAAAGCAUACAUUUAUACAUUUUAAGUGAGUCCAAUUUGUCUUUUUGUUUUUCAAGUAACAUUGGCUAGUUGGCAACCCUUUCCCAAGAUGAGAAAUAAGCUUUGAUGUGACCAGCCAGGCCUUUCCUGCUACACAUUAGUACAAUAUACAAGUGACAAUAUUGGUGUAGAUUUGUACUUACAAAUACAGACACAUCCAAAUGGAAAUUUUGUAGAUACCAUAUCCCCUGAAAUAGCAUUUAUCUUACUGGGUUAACUGGAAAAAAAAUGGAAAACAGAAGGCCUGAAAAAAAUGUUAUUCCAACCUGAGUGGUUACCUUGAACAUUGGCAGCAUUGAUCUUUGUUUCCCUAGGAAAUAAGACAGUUUUCAAUUUAAUCAAACUCUUGAACUACAAGUGACACAACAUAUGCUGCACAUACACACACACACACACACACACACACACACACACACACACACACACACACACACACCAGCACAGUCCACACACGUAUAUGCACACUUAUCCACACAUGAAAUUCAACCUACAAUCUCAAUGGGGUCAGAGUUCAGAAGGUGCUGUAGUAAAGGCAAUGUCUAUUUCAGGGAUUGUAAAGUAGUUAAGCAUUGUUUCAAAAGUUUUUUUAUAUUUAUUUUUUUUAAGGAAAAGGUAUAGACAACCAGCUAAACUGCCUUUUUGGUGUGCACACACAUUUCAUGUGCAGAUGUGCCUCUAUGUAAAAGUACACAUGAACUUUAGUGUGGGCUUAAUUUUCUGUGCUAUAAUAAAAGUGUUUAUUUUUGAUUAGCCUCAUGAAUAUUUAGAUCUAGUGUGAUGGCAUUCACAGGCUUGAAUUCACUGUUACUACUGUUACUUGCUCAGACCCAUGAAAAGUGGCACAGUCACCCCACUCUCAUGGACAUGUGGAUAUUGUUAUGCAUCAAGUGGCGCUUAUCUUUGGCUUGGGGUUCAUUUGAACUCUCGAAUCUUAGUUUAGUGAAAAUGAGAUGUCUGUUCUUAGGUAGGAAAGGUGUUUAUUUAAAGCUCAAUUUUAAAAUAAGCAGCUACCAGGAGUAGUGUCUACUAUAAGUGGGACACAAAGUUUCCUAUUAAAGUAUGUCUUUGAACAUUUUGCUACACAAUACUUCAAAGAAGCACACAAAUGGGCUCACUUAUUACAAAGACAGAAGUUUACUUUGCUAAAUAUUUUAACAAGUUUGUUAUAUAUUUUAUUUAAAGAGAUCUCUUACAAUUCUACAUAUUUAUUACUAUAAUUUACAUAGCUUCAGUUAAUUUAUUUGUGUUCACAUAGUUUUAUGAAGUGUGUCCAUAUUUAUUUGCCUCCUUGGUACUUGUGUUUUGUAACAUGUACUGAAUUAUUUUCUUUUCAACUAAUGUUAAUGAUUGAUACUGUAAAUUGGGUCUUUUGUAAACAGAAACAAAGGCAGCGAUGUAUGCAUUUUUAUUUGAAGUAGUUUGUUUGUAUACUGUUUCUCCAAAUGAUUAAUAUUUCUUACAUCAAUGCAACAAAAUUGUGUUCAGUGCUGUACAUUCGGUGUAUGGUAGGAAAUAAAAAUUGAUAAUGAA